AUACAGCAGCGUGUUUCUCUCUAAAGCGUCCGUGUAGAAACGUUUAAUUCCUGAGUUCCGUCAUCUCGAGAGCAGUGGGAUAUCAGAACAGAAUUGUUGAGGUACAAACAUGAGGCGUUAAAGAGCGGGGCAAACGCUCACACGGGAAGCGGCAUGGACAGGAAAGACCAACGCUCAUGACAGCUGCAUAGAAACGGGGGGGAAACUAUUUAUAUUAGGAUUAUGGUAGAUUCCAGUGGCCCACAGAAAGACUGGUACUCAAUACUGGGUGCCUGUCCAACAGAUGACAUUAAAGAACUGAAACAGAAGUAUCAGAAGCUCAUACUCAUGUUUCACCCGGACAAGCAGAGGCCGGACGUAUCAGAAGGUGAAGCGGAGCAGCACCUGCAGAGAUUCAUUGACGUUGACCAAGCUUGGAAGAUCUUGAGUAAUGAGGAGAGCAGGAAGGAGUACAACCUUCAGCUGCGGGCAAAUGAACUGAAACAGAGCUGGCCAGUGGAUGCUCAUAUAACCCUCGACGACAUGAACUGGGAUUGUGACACUGAGUGUUAUACGUACAGCUGCCGCUGUGGAGGAGAAUUCAUCUUAGAGAAGGAUGACUUAAAAGAAAUGGAAAUGGUUGUGUGCUGCGAUUCCUGUUCGCUCAGCAUUGAAGUUAAGAAGGUUACAUGACACUUUUGGAUAUGUUCAGCAAGAUUCUAAUUGGACUGUUAUUUAGCUUUUUAAAAUGGCACAUAUUCUAUGGACACGGUUGAUUUAACAGGAAGUCAACCCCAUUCUUAACUAAAUGUGGCACCAAUGAGAAAGUAUUUGUUAAUUAAAUAUUUAUUCAUUAAUUUAAUAGACAUUACUUUUU